AUGUCUAUGGCCCCGGGAAGUGUCUGGGCCCUGCUCGAGCGGAACAGGCCGCCCAUCAAGCGACGCACCCCACACGUCAAGGCACGAACAGGUUGCACCACAUGCAAGAACCGUCGAGUCAAGUGCGACGAGAGAAAGCCACACUGCGCGCGCUGCGAGAAGUCGGGAAACCAGUGUGCCGGGUACGAGGACCCGAACGACCGUAGGAAGGACACUGUCGUUGUGCCUGCGCUACCCUGCAAGAGGGCGGCAGCAGCAACAGCGCCCUCGAUACUACGCCCAAGACCGCUGCAGAUGCGGCGCAUGCGGGAGGCGGAAGCUCGCCCCAUCGACCUGAUGCUCGCGUCGUUCACGCCGUCAUAUAUGGAGAAGGCCCACGUCCCGUACUUCGACCGGUUCCGUUACCAGAUCCUCGGCGAUAUCUCUGUGUGGUGUGGAUCCGACUACUGGAAGCACCACGUCCUGGGGGAGUUCAUGCAUGACAGGUGCCUGCAGUACGCGGCCGUCGCCAUGGCAGCCAUGCUGGAAGCCGUGGAGCACACUCCCGAGACGAUGGGCGGCCCACUGGCCAUGAGUCGGCAUCGGAAGGCGGCCCUGUAUUCCUACACGAAGGCCAUAUCGCUGAUGCGGGAGAGACUGCUCGAGGGCCUCACUGCGCGUAGCGCUCAUCUCUGCCUUACCGUCACCUUCAUGUUUGCGGGCAUCGAGAUUCUUCAGGGAAAUGUUGGCGAGGCCGAUCAGAUCCUGGCGAGCGGUUUGAUGAUCCUAGACGACGCACUGGGGAAGAGAGGAAGUGACGGACGCCCCGUACUCGAGAUGGACGGUCAACUCAGUCAGGUCAAGCUCGCGUUCGAUCGGAUGAAUAUUGCUUGGGGUUUGUGUCCCUUCUUCCAGGGACACAAGGACGUCUACACGACGAUGACGCCGGUCCAGCAAUUUGAGCUACCAAGUACCGAGACACCCCUAGUCUCGAAACAAGGAUUUUGGAAUAGCUUCCAGAAAGACGUCGGCUUGUUCAUGUUAAACGUCCGGUGUGGUGUGGUGGUUGGAGAGGAUCAGAUGCCCGACGUGCUAGCGCAGAGAGCCAAAUACCUGGCUCAACUCAGCCAAUGGCUGCCGCUGCUGGAACAGACUCUGGAAAUGGAGGGCUCGUCGGCGAAAAGCGGCGUGCUAUGGACCAUGAUGGCUUACAGCUUGACGGCCAAGAUAUUCAUGAGGUGCUUCCUCGAUCGAUCGGACCUCUCCUAUGAUCGCCACCUCGAUGACUUCAAGGAGAUCGUGCGCAUCUGCCAGAACUUCGUGCCUGAGAAGCAACAUUCCCACCUGAGGUUCACCCUUGACAUUGACCUCUUCCCGAUCAUCUCGUUCACAGUCACCAAGUGUCGGGACCACAAGACGCGGCAGCUCGCCCUCAAAGUCUUCGCCGAGACGACGUACCGACAGGCUUUCUGGAACAAUCAAGGCCUGUUCAAGGCACUGCGCACACUAGUCGAUCUAGAACACAAGGGGAGAGACAGCGAUGGAUUCAUUCCCCCUUCUUCAAGGUACUACUUCGUGGGCUCCGAGUGGGAUUUCGAGCGCCGUCAAAUGAUGGCCCUCUUCGUCUGCGUAACUUCAGUGCCCACCGAGAACGGGGACAUGCCCACCAUUCGUGUACCAAUAUCCUUCUGA